AUGGACUCGCGAGCCACCAUCUCCACCAGCGCACAAGUCGUAAUAGACAUGACUUGUUACACUGGUGGCAAGACUGUUUUUAGCGAUCACCAAAUACCUCAGCCGCAACUUAGCAAGGAAGCGUCAUCUGUUCUCAUUGACCUCGGGGAGGCUGUGCAGUCGAAUGCGACCCGUGAUGAGGUCGGUGUGCUCAUUGAUGGUACACUAUUGCAAGAGGUCUACGUCAGGAACGCUUGUCUGCAAGCCAUCCAGCCAUUCGAUUUGACCGAUCUUGAUUGGUCUCCGCAACUUUGGAUAGCCUGCCAUGACGAUGACGAGCAGAAUGCCCGUCUUGCUAAUCACGCGUGGGAGGAUAAUGGCUUGGAUGUGCCAGAAGACUUCGUUGACAAGCUCAUGAGCUAUCUCGAGCACAUCAAUGCGUACGUUCGAACCAGCACGCCAUCGGCCAUCGUGGAGGCUGUAAUUCAUUGGCCUCGAAAGAGUGCACUGACCAUAGCUGCUCUACAAGACUUCUACCGGGAAAAGGCUAAAAUUCUUGCACCUGAGUUCGACCAAUACGGCAUGGCUACCCGGGUGGCAGUGGCCCUUGCAUUUGAGCACUUGGCUCCGUCAUUCACAGAGGACCAGGUUAAACCGUUCUUCGUAUUCUUGAUUAAGGACGAAGCAUUUGGUGACAGGUCAUCGGACGUGCGCCGCAGAACGCUUCGGGCUGGAACUGCUGUGAUCGAUAUCCAUGGCUCAAAGCGGCUUGUGGGGCUACUCUCGACUUUUGAAGAACAUCUAGGUGGCCCGAGUGCUGCGAAUGAAACUGGGGAUCAAAUCAAGGAAGCCGUUGUCAUUCUGUUCGGACGCGUUGCCAGGCAUCUCGACGCUUCGGAUACACGCAUUCCCAGCAUUGUCGACCGACUGGUCGAAGCUCUCAAAACUCCGGCGGAACAAGUUCAAAUAGCUGUUUCCGACUGUCUUGUCCCCCUAGUCAAACUCAUGGGCCCGGGUGUUCGCACGCUCAUUGAUCACUUAUUUGAGGAACUUUUCGAUGGAUCGAAAUAUGCCAGUCGACGGGGAGCUGCCUAUGGUCUUGCAGGUACCAUCAAGGGUUUGGGAAUAGGCGCCAUGAAAGAAUAUGAUGCCAUCAACCGCCUCUGGACAGCUCCUGAGCCAUACAUCACAAAUAUCCUCCCCGUUCUGUUGACCGUAUUCGGUGACACAACAGCAGACGUACACGAGGCUGCUCAGGAUGCAGUGAGGGUAAUAAUGGGUAAUAUGUCCGGGUAUGGCGUUAAGCUCAUUCUCCCUUCAUUAUUGUCUGAUUUGGAUGAGAAACAGUGGAGAUCUAAAAAGAGUUCCAUCGAAUUGAUGGGCAUGAUGGCUUACUGCUCGCCCCGACAACUAUCACUAUCACUGCCCAUCAUCAUUCCGCGCCUUACUGGCGUUCUGACGGAUACCCAUGCUCAGGUCAAAACUGCGGCCAACAAGAGUCUAAAACAGUUUGGAGAAGUGAUCAAUAACCCUGAGAUACAGGCUCUUGUUCCGACGCUACUGAAAGCACUUGUGGAUCCUGCGAAGAUGACAAACACUUUGUCAGCCCUCCUGAAGACAUUAUUUAUGCACUAUAUUGAUCACUCUUCUCUGGUGCUGGUCAUUCCCAUUAUCGAGCGUGGAUUACGGGAACGAGGGACGGAGGGCAAGAAGAGAGCCACCCAGAUUGUUGGCAAUCUCGCAUCUUGA